AUGGUCAAAGUGGAAAAAGAGGGAGGUUGGAUGAAGAAUACCGGUUUCAAUGUCAGUCUGAAACUGACAACUGUCGAUGGUGGAGUCAUUGAUCAAUAUAAUUUCCGAGUAGACACAACGAAUAGUCAAGGAAUUUAUGUGUAUACCAGCUUGAGGCCGGGAACAUUGGCUACGACAAUCUCGAUCGCCUGGGCCACCAACAUUCCACCACCAAACCUCUCCACUACCACUACUUUCACUGGAACUACACCAACACUUGGACCAACAACUACUGCUCCCAAACUUCCUGCGGAUUGUGACGAAGUUGAGGACAAGACCUCAGGAAUUCAAACGAUUUACCCAGAUGGUUCGAGUCCUGUCAACGUAUAUUGUGAUCAAAAAACGUCAGGAGCGUAUACAGUUAUUCAGAGCCGUGGAACUACUACCAACAUCACCUUCGACAUUCCCUAUGCCAAUUACUCUGACUGGUUUGGCGAAUCUGGAGUUGGAAAUAACUUCUGGAUGGGAUUGGACAAUAUGAAUGCAUUGAGUAAAAAUGGAAAGAGUUACUCACUUCAAAUCGAUUUGUGUUGUGGAACUGAAUUGAGGGCUAAGCAGAUUUAUCACAACUUUAAGGUUGACACCAAAUUCAAUCAAUACAAAUUGACAGCCACCGCUGAUCUACCAGGGAUUGGUUUGGAUUAUACAUCUACAGUAAAAGACAUUGGAGCACCAUUUGCAACUAAUUCUACUUAUAUUCUACCGAAAGCAAAAGCGGAAUGUGAUCAAUUCGAUUACUAUGACGAUAAUGAUGCAGGACCAUCGGUUGGAUAUGGAGGAUGGUGGUAUGGAAGUUGCGGUAAUAACCUCAAUGGAUUCAUGUAUCCAAGUAGUAACCUGGAUUGUUCUGUUAAAAAAUUCGACUCGACUCUUCUCCUCGGUAUCAAUAUGAGAAUAACUAAUGGACAAGCUAAUGGUGGUUAUGACGUGGAGUUGGUGUCGUAUGACCGUGUUCGCAUGGCUUUAUUCACGUUUGACUCAUUGAAUGUGGAUAAGACUGAUUCUUCGUUCUGUGGUUAA